UACAAAUAAAAGUCUUGAUUAUACGCUCUGCUUCUGCAGCUGCUUUUGCAUCUUCAUUUUCAUCAAACUAAUUCAAGAUGGCGAUGGCUAGUAUUGCUAAAAGAAACAUAACAGCCCUUGUUUCCAGAUAUUCCAUUUCUCUCAACGCUCUUUCUAGAACCUUCGCUUCCUCUGCUGAUGAAAACGACGUCGUUGUCAUUGGCGGCGGCCCCGGCGGCUAUGUGGCGGCUAUCAAAGCUGCUCAGCUAGGGCUUAAGACAACUUGUAUCGAGAAGCGUGGAGCUCUCGGGGGUACUUGUCUGAACGUCGGCUGUAUCCCUUCCAAGGCACUUCUUCAAUCCUCGCACAUGUAUCAUGAAGCGAAACAUACAUUUGCCAACCAUGGUGUGAAGUUCUCUGCAGUUGAAGUUGAUCUGCCGGCAAUGAUGGCUCAGAAAGAUAAAGCAGUAUCUGGCCUAACAAAAGGUGUUGAGGGUCUAUUUAAAAAAAACAAGGUGAACUAUGUUAAGGGAUAUGGCAAGUUUAUCUCCCCGACCGAGAUAUCUGUGGACACUAUUGAAGGGGGCACCACUGUGGUGAAAGGCAAGAAUAUAAUAAUUGCUACCGGUUCGGAUAUCAAGAGUCUACCUGGUGUCGCAAUUGAUGAAAAGAGAAUUGUUUCAUCAACGGGAGCUCUAUCCUUAUCCGAAAUCCCUAAGAAACUUGUAGUAAUCGGAGGUGGAUAUAUUGGUCUUGAAAUGGGUUCAGUGUGGGCCCGUCUUGGCUCAGAAGUUACUGUUGUGGAAUUUGCACCAGAUAUUGUUCCAACAAUGGAUGGUGAAGUGCGUAAGCAAUUCAAACGUACCCUUGAGAAGCAAAAGAUGAAAUUUAUGCUGACAACUAAAGUGGUGUCUGUGGACACUUCCAGCGAUGGUGUUAAAUUGACCCUUGAACCAGCAGCUGGUGGUGACCAAAGCAUUCUUGAAGCUGAUGUUGUUCUGAUUUCUGCUGGAAGAACUCCAUUUACUAGUGAGCUUGGGUUAGACAAGAUAGGAGUUGAAACUGACAAAAUGGGUCGGAUCCCAGUUAAUGAGCGAUUUGCUACCAACGUGCCAGGAGUAUAUGCGAUUGGAGAUGUUAUCCCUGGACCAAUGUUGGCUCACAAGGCAGAAGAAGAUGGGGUUGCAUGUGCAGAAUUCCUUGCAGGAAAAGUAGGUCAUGUGGACUAUGAUCUGGUUCCUGGUGUAGUUUAUACGCACCCUGAGGUGGCAUCUGUUGGGAAGACCGAAGAGCAGGUUAAGGCAUCAGGGAUUAAAUAUGUCGUCGGAAAAUUUCCCAUGCUAGCAAACAGCAGGGCCAAGACUAUUGACGAUGCAGAAGGACUGGUCAAGAUAAUUGCUGAGAAGGAGACGGAUAAGGUAUUAGGUGUGCACAUCAUGGCACCAAAUGCUGGGGAGCUUAUUCACGAGGCCGUGCUGGCUAUGCAGUAUGGUGCAUCAAGUGAGGAUAUUGCACGCACAUGUCAUGCACAUCCAACAAUGGCCGAGGCCUUGAAGGAGGCUGCCAUGGCCACUUAUGAUAAGGCCAUUCACAUUUAGGGACCGGAACAACAGAACCAACCAAGGUGCUAUGAGUUUUACAAGUCCGAUCCUCGUAGCUCAACUGCAGAUUACAAGCAACUGGCUGAGAUAACAAUCGACUUGGCAGAUUCAAGAUGCAAAAGGCUCUUACAUUGGCUGAAUUUCCAUGCCAAGAAUGAAUCAGAUCAGGCAUACAGAAUCCGCUACCUUCAGUGUUCUAAGCAUUACUCAGAGGCCCUCGAAAGACUUGACGCUAGCAAAAGGUAUCUGGAGCAGAAGAAAUACGAAAGUAUCGAAGAUCUAGCUGCAUAUGCGAUUGAGGAUUCUAGUGAGUGCAUUGCUGACUUUCCUAAAGUUAAUACACCAUAUACAUUAUUAAAGAAGGCCAAGGACUUUGAGUUCAUCACUUCAUUUGUAAAACCAGCUGUUGACUUGAGUCUCAAGGCUGCCCAGGAAACCAAGAAACCGUUCUACUAUAGUUUGCAGUCAAUUUUAGGAAAAUGGGUGUUCCAUCCAUGAAAUAACACAAUUUUGUAUGACCCUGGUGCUAAUAAACUUGAGAGAAAUAAUAUAUCUGCGUGGUCCUGGUUUUAGAAAGUUGUAACAGAAAUUGGUUUUAACUUUUUUUUAUUUCCUCUCUUUUUA